CUCCCAUUCAGGGCGGAGAAAACCUCUCGCUUUUUUUCUCAUCAAGGAGGAGCCUUCAGACACAGCGACAUGCACUAAAGUGGAGGCUGAGACACAACUUGGACUGAGUGGAGUAAAAACUCGCAGAGAGCCAGUCUCUUGGCGAUGCUUAUCCGACACCACGCGAGGUAUUGAUCCCCGACCACCACGGACUGAUCGCCCCGCCAGCAGAGCUCGCAGAGCCGCUGAGGAACCAGAGCAGCGUGCCCCCCUCUCUGAGCUGCAGUAAGAAGACGCAAAGAUGUCAGAGAGGAGAGGUCAGAAGAAGUCCAUUUUUCUGUCCUCAUUAUUGGUGUGUUGUAUGUUUGCUAGCGCGGAGUAUACCAGCUGUGGAGAGUACGAAUUCUUCAAUCAGACCAGUAACAGUUGCCAGGCCUGCCCUCAGUGCCAGCCAGGACAAGAGCCGCACAUGACCUGUGGUUACGGUGUGAAGGAUGAGGACUUUACCUGUGUGUCGUGCCCACAGGGGAAAUAUUCUAAAGGGAAGUAUGAGAUCUGCAGAAGGCAUAAAGACUGUGAUGCCCUCUACAAAGCCACUAUUCGCGCUGCGGGAACUCCGGACAGCGACGCUGAGUGUGGACCCUGUUUACCAGGGUAUUACAUGCUGGAAAACAGACCCAGGAACCUCUAUGGGAUGGUUUGCCACUCCUGCCAGAACGCACCACGCAACACUAAAGAAUGCAUGUCAACCAGUGGGCCAAGAGAAAAACCUGUGAUUGACCCUGGCAGUACUAUUUUCCCUCAUCCACAUAAAGAUUCUACAGGACAAGGUCACCUAGCAACAGCUCUCAUUAUUGCCAUGUCAACCAUUUUCAUCAUGGCCAUAGCCAUCGUCCUCAUCAUCAUGUUUUACAUCCUGAAGGCCAAACCGAGUGGCCAGGCAUGUUGUUCCGGACAAGUUGUGAAGGCAGUGGAAGCUCAGACCAACAAACAGGAAGACAAGAAAGAUAUCCCUGACAAUGUGGUGAUCUACUCGGAGAAAGAUGAGUUUGACAAACUGAAAGCGGCUCCUCAGAAGACAGUGAAAAGUGAAAAUGAUGCCUCAUCAGAGAACGAGCAGCUGUUGAGCCGUAGUAUCGACAGCGACGAGGAGGCCGCGUCUGACAAGCAAGGAACAGCCGAGACCAACAACCCCAACCUGUGCCUCGUCAAUCUGGGAAACAAGCCCGACCUCUGCCUGCUCUCUCGGGGCCUUUUGGAGCAAGACCGGGCCUGCAACGGGGCCCCCACCUUGGCAGCGGGACAGGCCAAUAACAUCCCGAGUCCCAACCAUAUCGGCAAUGUCAACCACAUCACCAGCACCAACCACAUCAGCAGUGUGAACGCAAUCAACAACAACAAUAAAACCCCGGGGAUGCUACAGAAUCGAAGGAAAAAGAUCCUGGAUCUGUAUGGCAGAGCCUGCAAUGUGACAGAGGGCCUGAGCCCCACAGAGCUUCCUUUCGACUGUCUGGAGAAGGCCAGCCGCAUGCUGAGCUCCUCCUACAGCAGCGAGGCGGCCGUGGUGAAGACGUGGAGGCAUCUGGCCGAGAGCUUCGGGCUAAAGCGUGACGAGAUUGGCGGCAUGAGCGACGGUCUGCAGCUCUUUGAGAGAGUGAGCACGGCGGGCUACAGCAUCCCUGACCUCCUGACCCGCCUGGUACAGAUCGAGAGGCUGGAUGCGGUGGAGUCGCUCUGCUCAGACGUGCUGGGCAGCAGUGAGAUGGCGGCGGCUGCCGGACGGCAGGGCAACAGCAGUUUUCACAGCCAGUUGGUCUGUCCAUCCCCAUGCCCAUCUCCGUCCCAGCGCUGCGCCAGUGUCUAAACAUGUGGUGGAGAGGAGACUCGGAUGCCUUAAAGUAUACAUAGUUGUAGGGACAGAUACUGCUCCUACAAGGAGGACGGCACAUAUACAGUAUACACCUUACACCCUAUUACAUGAAGAAUGUCAGUGGAAUUUUGUCAGUCCAAUCAGAAUGGCUGUUCGAUGCGAAUAGUCAAAAAUGUGUUCCUUUUUUUCAGGUAUUCAACAUAACGCUCUAUUUUUGAAUGGAGUUGGGUGGGCCGUUCAGGGUGACAAAGAUGUUCAUGUAAUAAAGUAAACAAGCCAGGUUAGCUUAUGCGUGGUAACUACUGUAGACGAGGGUAGUAAAAUAACACAGAGGCUCCUUAAUUUAAACCAGUGUGAACCAAGACGGCCAAUAUUUUACCCCUGAAUUCACUUAGAGGAAAAGGGAACUAAAUAAAAUUAUUUACACGACUUGAGGUUGUGGAAUAACUUCACUCUGAGAGCAGUGUAAACGCGUUACGCACUCACUUUGACUGACAAAAAAAAAAAAUCCAGCUUGAAUUGAAGAAUUUCAGUUGACUGAGGGGGGUCACAGACUGAUGAUUUGAAUAUCCGACUUUCAGGGGGCAGCCUUAGUCAUCUUGUGUACUUUGUAUGGCCUUAUGUUCUAUCUUUUUUAAAGUGCUACAGAUUAUGAGAAAGACCAAAGAUUUAGAUUCCUCUCUAGUUUGCAACUUCAGACAUUUUUCCUCUGCAAUAAUAUAAUAAUCAGAAUUAGUUUAUAUUUUAUUAGAUUGUUGUCUUCUUCAGCAAAACAAAUUUGCUAGAUUAACCUUGCGCUGGAUGCAAGUGUUUUUUUCCCCAAUGUUUUGACACAAUCCCUUUGUGUGACUGUGGGGUGCUGAUGGAAUCGUCACUGAGCAGUUUCACUGGGCCAGUAGUGUGUCUUUCUUGUAUUCUCACCAGUGCAUUAUAAGUGGGAUGAAUGAGGAUGCCUUACUAGUUGUCCUCUCACUGAACCUUCUUCUCAGGCCUAAAAUCUUCUGCUUAAUACCGCAGUUGAUGUUAGUGCAACCUUGUUUGACCGCAGCAUCAGUAAACAUUCAUAAAUGCGCGCCACCGGCUGUGCUGUCAUCAUACAGAAAAGACAGCAGAUAUAAGCUCCCUACUUCAAAUGCAUUUAUUAUGCCCAGCUGGAAAUGCUAAAACACCACUCAGAUCAGCUUUCAUCUACCUACACCUCUGUGUCUCUUAGUGAAUCUGGAUGUUAGCAUACACAGUAGUCAACAUUACAGAACAGUACUUCCUAAAUAUUAUGUUGGCAUUUUUAAUAUAAUGCUUAAAUAAUUUUUUUAUGUCAAUUUCAGGUUGAGUCUGUGAUGUUGUUUCCUUUACAACACCAAGUCAUCUUUAUUAAUUGAUUACCAUAGGUGUUUUAAGUGUGAAAUUAACUGAUAUUAAAACAACCCAAAAUGCAUGUAAUAAUUUAGUAUCAUAAAACUGUAAAUUCUAUAUUGUUUCAUGCAGCUAGGGCUUGACAAAGAAAUUAAGGUAGCGUGUUAAUCCCAUUACUCAGCUGCUCAUGAUCUGCCUAAAUUCCCACCAAAUCCACUUCCCCCAACUUUAACACGCACACAGCGUAGAGUCUUUUAGUCUGAAAACACACACACACACACACACACACACACACACACACACACACACACACACACACACACACACACACACACACACACACACCACACACACACACACUCUAACAGCAACUACUUCCUAGGCAGCAACCCAGUUUGUGAACCCCUGCAUAAUUCUUUCUCCCCUCCCUUUUUCCCAUUUUACCCCAAUUCUGCGGUCUAGUGCUGCCGCCAGCCCUAAUUAUUUGGCCUGUGGCUUACCGGGCCCCUAAUAGGCUGAAGUGUUGUGGUUUACAGAGCGGGUGCAAAGUGCCUGUGAUUUCCAGCACCCAAUUAAGCAUUUAGGGCCACUUAACCACUGAAAGCCCAGUGGAAAAGCUGUAAAAACUGCAUUAAAAAGAGAGAUGACACGGCAGACGCAUGACUAACUGCCCCUGGGGUUGCUGCACUGUGAACAAUGCGAGAAUGCAGCAGGUCAUGGUGGAAGCAGCACUACGGUCAUCCCAUAACAUCUGACCUUACUCAGCUUUUGUGGUUGGCUCAGUCAUGCUCAGACAGGAUUUAAGCUCCCCGCUCCCCUAUGGGACCGACAUGGCAAAUGAGAACAAUAUGCAGUUGUGUGUGUUGUUCACCUCUGAAAAGCAGCUGAAGCUGGUUAAGUGUUGUACGUACAGAGACUGAGGGUGACUCUGGUAGGCAUCACGUUAAUGCUCCACUAUUGUGAAUUAUAAAUAAUGACAAGAACACCGUUGGCGUGUCAGCAUGAUACAAGCCUUCCGUUAUUGUAUCCGUAACAGGUAAGAUGUUACACAGGUUCACAUCGUUGUGCCUUCUCUAGCAGUUAAGCUUCAAAACUCAGCAGUAAGCUCCAAGGUUCAAUUUUAACAAGCAAUGCCAAGGCUUAUUUUGAUCUAAUUUCUCGGAAAUAUGGCGGAUCUUUAUCUGAAGUUUGAUGUUUUCUGCAUAAUGUCCCAUGACUGCUCUCCACAAAAUCAAACGCAUCACCCACUGCCAAGGUCUUUUUCUAAUGUUUCAGUUCCUGGGGCUGGAUUCCAGUACUUUAAAUUAAUUAAUGUCCAUGGGUUUAUCAAGCAUGUAUUCCACUUUUUUUUCUUUAAUAUCUCCUGUCAAGGCAAAUGAAAAGCUCAUAUUAUACUGCAUUCAUAGAGCAGGGUGGACUUCAUCAAAUCCAAUUAGAUUCAAAACAUGUUUAAGUAGUUUUUUUUUUAGGUUUUAUACUUUUGUAAAUAAUCUAAUUGGUGGAUUGAAUGGAAAUGCACCCACACGCUGGUUUCACACAAGUAAAAUCUUGUCUGACAUCUUGUGUUAUGCUAUAAGGACGAUAUACAGCACAUACAAGAGCCAGGCAUGGAUUACUUACCUCAGUAGCACAUACAGUCUAGCAGAAUGUGUAGAAACACACACCAACUCAUCACAGAACCAAAGUAUAACUGUAUAUAUAACUUAUUAUUGUACAUAUUGUAUACAUUAAUAAAGAUGUAUG